GCACAUGUGCUUCUCAUAACCUAUCUUUACAUUACACGCAUUCGCACAACUACUUUAUAUUUUUUUAUGUUUAAUUGUGCAGAAAAAAAGACUCGAAUAUAGAAUUUCCGCGACAUAACAAAACUUGUUUAGGAAAUUGGUUUGAGAAAUUAGUUAAUUAGAAACUGUAAAAUUUGGAUUCAACGAAGCUGGACUGAAUUAAAACCAAAUACAAGACUGCCUGUACGUUCAUAUUGUCGGAACAUCGUCGUGUAAAUUUUUACGUCCUCACGACCGUUUUCAAUCAAGGGUCAAAUGUUUGUUUAGAUUUUGAUUGCAUUGUGUGCUAACCAUAUCAAAGAAAUCACUCCAGACAAUAACAACGACUAGAUAGUCUUAACUCACUGAAUUUACCAGCUGUCAUACAAUAAUUCCGAAAUGGAUGAUCAGACUCAUAACUCUCCACCGUCGUCCAGGAAAUCGUCUGUGCUGGGUAAGCUUGACCGUCCCGAGACGCCGAACAGAGGCAGUCCCUACCUGACGCGAUCGCGUAAAAGUUCAACUUUGACUGAAGAGAAUAUCGCAAUGCACAAUGACACGCCAACCAGUAAAGGUGCUCCUACCAGACGAAUCACUCGACGAAUGUCACAAAGCAACGAGAAUCCCGUUGUUUUAACACCAAUGCCACAAGUAGCGAAACGAACCAGACGUUCACCAAGUGUUGCGAGCGGUGAUGAUUUAAUGUCUACGCCGAAAAAGAAGUUCUCUGUGGCGCAGGAGAAUGUCGUCAUUGAGGAAGAUGAAACAGUAGAGGAAAAUAAACUGGAAUCAACAGGUGCUGGCACAAAUGGAUCUAAAAUUGAAAAUGAAGGUGACAAGGAGAAUAUUAACACAAUUGUCAAUGGGAAUGCAUCGGACGAAACACUGCAACACAAGUCACCACCGGAUGCAAGCGAUGCCAAUAAAAUAGGUUCGGUAGCGGAACAGCCAAUGGAACCAACUACUUUAACGGAAACUGCACCAGCCGAUUCUAAUGAGCUAGCGGUAAGCACUUUAAAUUCAGCCGCACUUCCUGUUGAGGUUUCCACAAAGAUUACAGAGUCCGUUAAUGCGGAUGUCUCGGCCACACAAACCAGUAGCCCACCAUCUACAUCAGAAUCAUCGGAUCAGAAUGUAACUGUUAAUUCACAGACUACAGUUGCAAUCAAUGACCAAUCUGAAUCUGACUCACCAAAGUUAUCCGAAUCAAUGCUUGACAUUGUUCGAAAGUUCACAUCAGAAAUGAAUGCAACAGCAGAAGAAAAUCUGGACACGACGAGUGCAUCGCUAAAUUUCAAUGAUGCUUCUAUCGUGGAGCUGAAUGACACUGUUUGCGAAAUGAAGACACCAAACAAAUUAGCUAAGAUUUCUGCCACAGAUGUGAUUGUCGUUCCGGAAACACCAAAUGCGUCGAUUAUCAUCAUUCCUGACACUCCAAUCCAAACACAAAAGUCUUCAAUCACGGAAACUCCGAAAUUGAAUCCAUCCACUGUGCAGUCUAUUCAGCAGGUAGAUUCGCCGAAGACUCCAGUUCAGGUGAAAACAUCAGUUACGAAUGACGGUAUUGGUCGUGUUACUCGUUUGUCUAUGUUAAAGACACCAAAAGUUCUUCCAUCGGCUGUACAGGCUGUUCAACAGGUGGAUUCGCCGAAAACUCCAGUUCAGGUGAAAAAUACUGUGACGCCUGACGAUACUCCUUUGGCGAUUCCAAAAACUGUUCCGGUGACGCAGCAGUUAAAUUCUGUAACAUCACUUCAGCAGACUGCCGUUACCACGCCUGUGGCUAUCCGAGAAACUGCGAAUACUGUUUUGGAUGUUAUACCAUCAACUCCGAAUUCCGUACUGAAUGUGACAGAAUCGGAAGAAGAAAAUCUGUUAAGGACUCCUCCAACUCCAUCAAAACCAGCUUCAGAACUUAAGUCUAACGUCGAGGUUACGAAAGAUGUUACAUCUGAUAACACUCCUAACACACUGGAACUGGAAGCGGACCCAGCAGAGACUGCGCCAUUACAAAACGGAAAUGUAGACGAAAAUACUGAAUCGAAAUGGGGCAGCUCAAUUCGUCGUAAAUCAGAUGGAAAACCGAUCGACAAAUUUGGAGUCACCAAAUUGAGUGCAGAAACGGCAACUUCGAAACCGAUCAAGAACACAUCAACUGUUCACAUUGUAGAUACAAGCGACGAGGAAUCUUGUGACGAUGAGGAUUCGAACAAUGAAAGUGGAUCUCGUAACAUGUUUCUUGAUGAUGAAGCUAUGGAGAGUAAUGGAGAAGCGUCAAUGGAUGAGGAUGAAAGAAAGUUCUUGGAAGAAAACGAGAUUCCGGAGGAAGGAAUAUCGCUUGGAUCCGAAAGUGACGAAGCAAUGUCCGAAGAAGAGGAAUCAGAUGAUUCCUUCAUUGUUUCUGAUUCGUCUGUGCAAUUGCUCGAUGGUACUGGUGAUGAUAUUGGAAACGAGUCCGUGAAACAUGAUACAUCGGUAAAUAAAUCGAAGCGAGGCAACAAGAUUCUUGACACCAGCGACGAAGAGUCUAAAGAAGAACCAAAGAAGUCAUCUAAGAAAAGACGUCCCGACAGCUCGUUGAAUCGCACCGCCAAAUACUCUAGAGUGGAUGAUGAUGAUGAUGAUGAAGAUGAUCAGCAUAACAAUGUCAACGAAAGUGGUGACGAAGAUGAGCUGGCGAAUUUGGACGUUGAACCGAAGAAAACUAGAAGCUCGAAAAGACUUUCCGAAUCGACGUCACUAUCGAAGAAAGACACAAAACGCCUAAGCCUUCAUCCAAACAUGAAACUCAGCUCUCUGGAGUCAAAUGGCCAAGAAACGGAUGUCAAUAAAAGCGAUUCACUCGAAGCGGAUGACAACAGUGAGGAAGAUGUUACCCAAGAAUUAGCAAAUUUGGAUGAAGAACCGAAGAGGAUCACUCGUUCAAAGAGACAUUCUGAAUCAUUUGAGUCAUCUAAAAAGGACAAUAAACGAAUGAGUUUACAUCCAAAUACAAAGCUCAGCAGCGUGAAACUGGUUCAGAAAGAAAAUGAGCUCAGCAGCGUGAAUUUGAAUCAGGACGAAAGUACUGAGGAUGGUGCUCCAACCACCGCUGAAGAAAGCAGCAGAGCGAUUGUCGAAGAAGAACUAGCAAACCUAGAUAAUGAACCGAAAAAAUCUAAAAACAAGAAGAGAUUGUCGGAGCUGAACUCUGUUUCCAAAAAAGAAAUGAAACGGCUGAGCCUUCACCCCAAUACAAAGCUCAGUUCUGUGGAAUCGAAUGAAGGCGGACAAGAACAAAAUCGCGCGCAACAACAACAGUCGAAAGCCGAUGAAAAUGAUUCGACUGGAGCCACGAUUGUUCUUGAAGAUGGACAAGAUAUCGCAGAAGAAUUAGCAAACCUGGACGACGAACCGAAGAUAACAGGAAAGUCGAAGAGACUGUCUGAUUCUAUGCCCACCUCCAAAAACGAUACGAAACGAUUAAGUCUGCACCCCAAUGCAAAAUUGAAUCGGUCCGGAUUCGAUUUUAAAGUGUUUGCAUCCACAGUUAUCUCAGCUGAAACGAAUGAUACUGAAAAAGUUAUUGCAUCCGCCGUUCCCAAUACUGCGGCAAAUGAUCAAUCUGCACCUGAUGCCGGUCAACAAACAAUGGAUGUAGAACGUUCGGUUGAAGAAAUCCAAGCUAGAUGCGACGAGGUACUACAACAGGUGAACGAAACUAGACGGCUCGAAAAAUUGAAUAAACAACCUAUGCAGGAGGACAAAUAUCAGAGACUCAAGGAUAAGAAGGCUGCCAAAUUGAAAGAAAAAAGAGAGAAGGAAGCCCGAGAAAAGGAACGAGAAGCACAGGCUGAAGCACAGCGUCAAUUGAAACGAGACAAAAAAUCGAAGAUAGCACAGCUAACAGAGCAAGAAAAACGCAAAGCCAUUCAAAAAGCCAUCGACUUUAGCGAAACGAUUAAAGCAAGAAAGGCUCAACAUUCCAUUGUAGUGACAGGAAGUAGCGAAUCAACGGAGGAAGAACGGAUACCGUCUCCUGUUAAAACUAAAAAGCGAAAACCGAAACGACUACAGAUCUUGAAUGAAGAACCCAAUCAAACGAAGAAGAAAAGACGUGUCGUGGACACCGAGCAAAUGCCGGCAAAGCCAGAGGGAUUCAAAGCUAACUCAAUUCCAGUCAAGUCUAGAGGUAAUAAAAUCAAGCAGAAGCCUGAAAAAGAUAAGGAGGAGGGAGAUACAAGCGCUGGUAGCUUUACAGUAGAACCGAUGCCAAAAAGUUCAGCCACUCCGUUUGUCGUAACUACUUUACAGUAUAAUCCAGCGAUCAAAUUCAGUUCAUUUAAAGAUAAAGCGAUUUCCAAUUCAAAUGUGCAGCGCGUUAGUUCUGCCGAGCUUUUGAAUCGUAAAAAGAAACAAAAGAAGAUGCAAACUAAUUGAUGACUUUGCUAAUUUUCGUACUGUGUACUUUAAAGAAAUUGAAUUUUUGUUGAUAAGAAAGAAGAAGAAGAAGGAGAAGUUUGUAUAUUCGUUGGUUUACUAGUUUUUAAGAUAUUUUUUUUUUCAAAGAAAUGUUUCUGUUCGGAAAAUUUAUCCAUCGAUUAAUUUAAAAAUAAAACAAAUUCACAUCGCAAUGGU